UUGUGCUGAGAAGUAGGUAGUUUUUCCAAUUUGCUUUGUCCGGCUUUUGUGUAAAAUUAUUGUUAAUACAAUAAUUAUAAAGAAGGCGGUUAUAGUGGUGGAAAAUAUCCUUUACAAAUAAAGUUUUAGAAUGCAGAGUGUAAUAAAUACUGUAAAAGGAACCGCCCUAGGAGUUGCGGGAUAUUUGACUCCUGUUCUCAAGGAAUCAAAGUUUCAAGAGACAGGUGUAUUGACUCCAGAAGAAUUUGUAGCAGCAGGUGAUCACUUGGUUCAUCACUGCCCAACCUGGCAGUGGGCCAAGGGUGAGGAGUCUAAGAUUCGAUCAUACUUGCCACCAGAUAAGCAGUUCCUGAUUACCAGGAAUGUACCAUGCUAUAGACGUUGCAAACAAAUAGAAUACUGCGAAGACAAUGAGAAGGUCAUAGAAGACGAACAUGAUGAGGAUGGUGGUUGGGUGGACACACAUCACUAUGAUUCCUCCGGCUCACGGGCCAUCGAAGAAAAGGUGUGUGAGAUGACGCUCGAGGCGGCGGAGACGGGAGACAGCGACGGCUCGGCGGCCGGCGACCGCGACGACGACGACGACGCCGACGACGACGAGCCCGAGGACAUGGAGCACUUCCAGGAGUCCGGCCUGCUCGACGAGGUGGAUCCCUCAACAGCGUUAACGACUCGCAAGGAACCAAAUAAGGAGAAGAAGCAGAAACCUGACGGCGAUGAGAUUGUGAAGACUCGAACUUACGACCUCCACAUCACUUACGACAAGUACUACCAGACGCCGCGCCUGUGGCUCAUCGGAUAUGACGAGGACCGUCACCUGCUGAGCGUGGAGGCGAUGUACGAGGACGUCUCGCAGGACCACGCCAAGAAGACCGUCACCAUGGAGUCGCACCCGCACGUGUCGGGGCCCAGCAUGGCCUCCGUGCAUCCUUGCAGGCACGCGGAGGUGAUGAAGAAGAUAAUCGAGACCGUCACGGAGAGCGGCGGGGAGCUGGGCGUGCACGCCUACCUCAUCGUGUUCCUCAAGUUCGUGCAGACCGUCAUCCCCACCGUGGAGUACGACUUCACGCAGAACGUCAACAUCAAUUAGAGCCCCCACCCGCCGUCGGCUUCCGAAAAGCCUUUUAAAACGAAUUGUAUACAAUAGAAAAUGAAAAUGAGCUCAGUUCCUCCCCCCGUGAUAUCUCCCGUACUGUUUUAUGUGUAUUUUAAUAAUUUACAGUUUUACGCGCUUAGAGAAUGUUAGUUAAACAAUGCUGUCCUCUUCUUUCAAAUGUCAAACAACGAUGAUAGAAAGAGACAAAUAGUGUUUAAUCGAACGUCCGCUAAUGGAUGGUCCGCGAUGGAUAUAAGUGUGGCUAUUAUAACAAUAUGCAAUUGGUCCUCGAACAAAAACUUCGUGCUCAAAAUGUCAGUACAAUCUGACAAUUUACAAAUAAAAAUAAUAAUAUUACACCAACAUCUUAUUAUUUGUUUAGGCGUUUAAAAUCAAAAUAUCAAUCAAUCUUCGAUGAAUAAAUUUUACAUGUUUAUAAAGACAUGUCAGCCAAUAAAGCUUACAUUUUAUUAUAGGACAUGCAUUUUUUGUAUACAUUUAAUUAAUCUUCGGGCAUUAUUAUCUUUAUUUCCUAAGAGUAUAUUUGACUCCUUAUGUAUUUAACGUAAUUAAGAAUCUACUUUUUUUAUAUUUGUAUUAAAAAGUGAUCGUAAUUUUCAUUUUUUUGCAAUGUAUCGAAUUAUUAAGAUCUUAUAAAAUUGUAAUGAUAGCUUAACGUGUGCCAUCACUUUGCCUUCAUUUUAAUUACAAAUAGCACAAUAUUUUUCUUACUACAAUGUAUUGAAUUGUUCUCAAAUAGAAAAUAAUUAAUAUUAAUUAAAUAAAGUAAGUCAUUCGUUACUAUUUUAUCUAAGUAUGUAUUUAUGUGUUAUUAAAUGGUGCACUUAUUGUUAGUGUGGUGCUUGAUUGGUUCCGCAUACUCGCCUGGCAAGUUCGUGGAUGUAUUGUAAGGGAAUAAAUCAUUGGUCACCAGUUGGAAGUGGAAUUAUUGCCUAAUGUAUGGUAAUUCAUAAACUUUUUUUUUUUUGUUUAGAGAUAUUUUAAAUAACCAACCGAUUCUAAUGUUGAUGAUUGCGUUAUAUAAUUUGCAUUAAACUUAUGGCAUUUAUAACAUAAAAGUUAAGUUUGUAAUCCAUUACAUAAAACCUCAUGCAAACGAUGAAAGCUAUGUACUUCAAUAAAAAUUAUCUUUACAUACUGUAAGAUGCAAUUAAAGUAAUAGAAUAUUUAUUCCAUAAAAAAUCAUCUUUCACCAUUAGACUGCGGUUUCAAUUAUGGUUACCUAUUUGGGCGAUUUCCAUUUCUUAGUAUAACAUUUAUGAAAUUGUAUUUACCUUAUUCCAGUCGAAAGAGGAGUAAAGAUAAACAAACCAUAGAUUUUCAUAUUUCAUGCGAUUUGCUCACAGCUCUGCUAAAUAAUGUUCUACAAACAGUUCUUGAUUAAUAUAUCGUAAUGUAUAAUACAAAAAUAUUUUACUGAACUAUUUAUAUCUACUUUUAUUCUAUGUCCAAAGUUUCGAUACCAACUUCGGCUACAUUCUAAACGCCAUUCUUUCGCGAAUCCAUAGUGAAUAUCACAUCGACCAAUGAUAUCGCGUCAAUUCGAUGUCAAAGUCGUUUAUUUGUCUUUGCUCCUCUUCUCAUUAGUAUAGGCAUAUAUUUUUAAUUUAUAAACCGGCAAGUCGAGGCUAAUGUUGAAAUCACAAAUCCAUUUUAAAUGUGUAAAUAUAUAUUUUGUUAAACAAUUGUGUUAUCAUAUAUCGAAAAUUGGUGAAAUUGAAAGGAGGAUUUUUUUAAACUUAGCAGUAAAUAUUUUGCCAUUUUAAUGUUGCUAGCGUAAGGUGUCGAACAUAUUAUGUUGAUAUUAAAAUAUUCUUUAUAGUUAUGUACAUAGAUUAUAAAUUCACAUCUGCUUAAUAUUUUGUGAAUCGAAGUUAGCGAUAGAUAUAGAUGCGAGUGUGCGUCAUUGUUAGUUUUUUAAAUAAAUUAUUUUGCUGCUAA